AUGGCCGACCGUUAUUCGUUCUCCCUCACCACCUUCUCCCCCAGUGGGAAGCUGGUUCAGAUUGAGUAUGCCCUCAACGCAGUGAACCAGGGUAUCACAGCCCUUGGUAUUAAAGCAACAAACGGCAUCGUUCUCGCCACAGAAAAGAAAUCCUCGUCCCACCUGAUCGACCCUCCCUCCCUCACCAAGAUCUCCAACAUCACCCCGGACAUCGGCAUGGUCUACGCCGGCAUGGGCCCCGACUACCGUGUGCUCGUCGACAAGGCUCGCAAGGUCUCGCACACCAACUACAAGCGCAUCUACAACGAAUACCCGCCGACACGCAUUCUGGUGCAGGACGUCGCGCGCGUGGUGCAGGAGGCCACCCAGUCCGGUGGUGUGCGGCCGUACGGUGUCAGCUUGUUGAUCGCGGGGUGGGACGAGGGCGUCGAGCCUGAGGCGGCGGCGGCGGCCGAGGAAGACGUGGAGGGCGAGCCUAAGAAAGCGACCGGAAAGACGGGUGGUAUCCUCAAGGGCGGCCCGAGUCUCUACCAGGUUGACCCUAGCGGUAGUUAUUACCCGUGGAAGGCGACGGCCAUUGGCAGACACGCGACGAGCGCCAAGACGUUCCUGGAGAAGCGGUACACGGAGGGUCUGGAGCUUGAGGACGCGAUCAUCAUUGCGUUGUUGACGCUCAAGGAGACGAUCGAGGGAGAGAUGAACGGCGAUACGAUAGAGAUUGGUAUCGUUGGGCCCCCGGCCGACCAUCUGCGAGGCUACCAGGGCGUCGAGGACUCCCAAGGCCCCCGCUUCAGGAGCCUGACCAAGGCCGAGAUUGAAGAUUACCUGACCAACCUAUGAGGGGUGGUGGUUGUGUUGGAAGGUGACUACAUGCGAUGGAAUCUAAAAGGCAAGGCCAGAUGCUAGCACUCUACUCUAGCAGAGUCCGCAGAGCGUUUGGAUUGUCUGUUGAGACCGUCACCUGGGGUCCGGGUGGUCUCGGGUGAAACGACAGGUUCUGACAUGAUGACUGGUGAGGGCUUGAUCGGAGGUCUCGCCCGUAAUACAGAUAUUUCAGAGAUUAUACGGAAUGAAACGAUUGACAGGUU